AAAGAUUCAUGUGAAAACGAAAUAUCGACGAUGGCACCGCAAAAUAAUAAUUAUACAUCAAACCUAGAAGAUUCAGUUGAUUACAAUGUUCCAAGUCCUGAUCAAAACACUGAACCGCAAGUGAAUAAUCGUUCUUCGUCAUCAUCACUGCUUUCUGGAAUCAAGUCAGUAGCCUUUGAUGUGUCUUCUUACUGGGCAAAGAAACUUUACGGUGCUGUACUGUUACCUCGAGACCCACGAGCCUACUACAAACAUUUAUUAGACGUUGCUAGUAAUUAUGAACAAUGGUCUGAAGCAGCAAAAAUUUUGGAUCAGCUCGAAGGGAAAGAUCAAUGGAAAAACGAUGCAAAAUCACCUGACUAUGAUUAUGAUCUGUUGCAACAACGUCUCCAACAAUUUAAAAAAGCGCGUAAAUCUGGCGAUUUAUCACACAUGACAUUUUUAUUAAAAACUUCAUUGGCAAGAAAUUUAGGUGAUAUGGGUCAGCCAAAGUUAUACGCAUAUACACAUAUUGGCACGAAAAAAUUAAUAGAAAGUUAUAUCGCCGAAGUAGUAAAACAAAUGAAUAUCAUAUGUGAUACGGAAUCUGACGAUAUAUCAACCAAAGACAAACUUGAAUUUUUCAUUAACACGAGGCAGUCUUUUGGAAGGACUGCCCUUUUGUUGAGUGGAGGAGCUACAUUUGGGCUUACCCAUAUUGGAGUGAUCAAGUGUCUAUAUGAAUGUAAUCUCUUACCUCGCAUCAUUUCUGGUGCAUCAAGUGGAUCGAUUUUUGCUGCUAUUUUAUGCACAAAGACGGACGAUGAAAUUCCUGAAACUCUGAGAUCACUUAGUUCUUCUGGACAUCAUUUGGAGGUAUUUGAGAGAUCGUCAGAGCCAGAAACAUGGUUAAUGAGAAUAAAUAGGUUUUUCAAGCAAGGCGCGUUCUUCGAUGCUGACAUUUUGAAAGAAUGCAUGCGCCGGAAUAUUCCAGAUAUGACUUUUCAGGAAGCGUUUAACAGAACUAGAAGAAUAUUGAAUAUUACUGUAAGCACUUCUACAGUAUAUGAAAUGCCACGUCUUCUUAACUAUCUGACGGCUCCUGACGUGUUGAUUUGGUCUGCCGUCGCAGCAUCUUGCUCUGUUCCUUGCGUAUAUAAUUCUGUUCAAUUAAUGGCAAAGGAUAAAACGGGUAAAGUAGUACCAUGGAACCCUUCAGGUCAUCGAUGGAUUGAUGGAUCGGUUGAGAAGUGCGUAAAUAUAUUUGACUUGCCAAUGAAUAGACUUUCUGAGCUGUUUAAUGUAAACCAUUUUAUUGUGUGUCAAGUGAAUCCCCAUGUGGUACCAUUUUUACAAAAGAAGCUGAUUCCUUCGCCAGUUAGCCGGUUGAUUGGGUGGUGUUUACUUUUUGCGAUUUCGGAAUUAGAACACAGACUAACUCAGCUGAGUGAAUUUGGUGUUAUGCCGAGCUUAUUGUAUCGAACAAAAGCUAUCAUGUCGCAACGAUAUUAUGGAGAUAUCACGAUUGUCCCAAACAUUUCUUAUACUGAUUUUUUUCGAAUCCUAUCUAAUCCCACUUCUGAGUUGGUUCAAGAGGCUACUUUAAGAGGUGAAAGGGCCACAUGGCCUAUUUAUAGACUUCGUCGUCGUCAACUUGGUGAUUCAUUUCCAACAAGGAACUCCGAAGAACUUUAUGGGUUAGAUUUAGAAACACAGAGAACAGAAUCUACAGAGAGUCAUUCGCAACAGUUGGAUAAUCACGGAAAACAACGUCACAAAGUACAACCGCUUUCGACCACCAAUUCAAUCAGAAAUGAGUCGCAAAAUUCCUCUACCCCUCGUAUUGAGUAA